UCCCUCAGUGCUUGCAGCUGACACGUGCCUCUGGCAGCCAUGAAUUGGCUCGGCCUCCUCGUCCUGCUGACCGCUGCCGGGCUGGCGCACGGCACAUGGGACAACUGUGGAGGGACCUGCGGACUCCGAGCUGUGGUAUCUGACUAUGGCCUCAUGACUUAUUACUAUGGCAAUGUGGCUUAUGACUAUGGCAUGACCCGCAUCGUGGGUGGCACAGGUGCCCUGCCAGGAGCCUGGCCCUGGAUGGUCAGCAUCCAGCAUCCAUGGAUGCCAGACCUGGGCCAUCUGUGUGGAGGUUCCCUCAUCAGCACUCAGUGGGUCCUCACAGCAGCCCACUGCUUCAACGACAUCACUAACAUCAGCAUGAUGUACGUGCUGAUCGGAGCCACCCAGUUGACUCAGCCAGGCCCUGGGGCACAAAUGCGCAGUAUCAAGCAAGUGGUGAUGCACCAGUACUACAAUCACGGUGACAUGAGCUACGAUAUUGCCCUGCUGGAAUUGGACCAUCCUGUCCAGUGCAGCCCCUACAUCCAGCUGGCCUGUGUGCCUGACGCCACGCUGAGAGUGUCAGAGCUGCAGAACUGCUGGGUGGCUGGAUGGGGUGCCACUGCUGCAAGAGCUCAAAAAUCAAGCGAUCACCUGCAGGAGGCCAAGGUCCAGCUCAUUAAUACUAAGCUCUGCAACAGCAGCGGCUGGUACGCAGGGGAAAUCCACACCCACAACCUGUGUGCUGGUUACCCACAGGGCACCAUCGACACCUGCCAGGGUGACAGCGGUGGUCCUCUCAUGUGCCAAGACAACAACGCUGACUACUGGUGGGUCAUCGGAGUGACCAGCUGGGGAAGAGGCUGCGCCAGAGCGCAGCAGCCUGGAAUCUACACCUCCACUCAGCACUUCUACAACUGGAUCCUGGUCCAGAUGGGCGCAAACACAGCUGGAAGGGCUUCUCCAACAUCACAAGCCUGGAGUCAUUUUAUGACCGCCCACCUAACAACUCAGAAGCCACGGCCGACACGACCCCCAACUCAAAUGCCUUGGCCAGCACUACCCCCCACUCAUAAGCCAUGGCCAACACGACCUCCCACUCAUAAGCCAUGGCCAACAGCAAUCCCCUCUCAAAAGCCCUGGCCUACAGCACCCCCCACUCCUAUGCCAUGGCCAAAACCAACACCAUCGGGCGAGGUUAGCUCCUGCCCAUUUCCACUCAACAAGCUGGUAGAGUUUUUUACUAAGGUGAAGAAGCUCCUUCAUCAGGUCCUUGGACAAAACACAGCUUGAGCAACAGGACAGACAGGAUCCAGGGCACACUGGAGUGCACUGCAACCAUUUGCUGCUGGGGCAAUGCCUGCUGAUCCAAAGGCAGCAUCAGUGUCAUAAACCUGCUCUGUCCCAACCACAAUCCUCUCCUGUGUGCGUGCAAACACUGCAGUUGAUUCAGUUGUAGAAAUAAAAUUACUAUGCUCAAAGUGAA